AAUUUCUCUUUUGUUGUACAAAAUAGCUCCCAGGGGGGGUACUUUAAUAAUAAACAGGCGACAUUGCAUCCCUGUUUGAUUUAUUAUAAAGAUGCUGAGGGCAAAGUAUGCCACUCAGCAUUUGUUUUGAUAUCAGAUCACUUGGACCAUAGUACUGCUGCAGUGCAUACAUUUCAGAAAAAAUUGAUCCGUCAUAUAACUGAGGACCUCAAGAUAAAGCUGGCUUAAGUCAAAUAUUUUUCAGACGGUUGUGCUGCUCAGUACAAAAAUAAAAAAGCUGCCGCCAAUGUAUGGUUUCAUGAAAGGGAUUUUGGAGUACCUGCAGAAUGGCACUUUUAUGCUACGAGCCAUGGAAAAACUGCCUGUGAUGGUGUGGGCGGCAUGAUCAAACAUACUACAAUGUUGCAUUGCCUACGCUUAACAGCAAAAGACCCACAAAUAACAAUUGCAUAUGAUUUCUAUGAUUGGGUGUCUAAAAACAUUCAAGGAGUGACUGCUAAAUGGGUUCCGAAAGAAGAAGUUAUUGAAAAUGAAAAGGCUUUACUUGUGAGAUUUGAGACAGCUUUUGACAUUGAUGGAAUCAAAUCCCACCAUGCUUUAAUUCCUAGAGUGCCACAGGGACCUAGCAACGAGACUCCUCCUGCAGUGCCUCAUCCUGCAGCGUCUCUGCCUUCCGCUCCGUCGCAAGGACCUUCCGAACAACAGGAGGAACAGGAGGAAGAGCAGGAGGUCAUACUUCAAACCAAGAUUGGGUCUGGAAUGCCCCCCCAUCGAUUCCAGACCCAAUUAGCAGGCCGCGUAGGUGACCACUGCCGAUUUCGUCAUUUGUGGUCAAAUGUUACCUACCACUAG